AUGCACCGCCACUCCGCCCAAGAGGCACAGGGGAUGGGCAGCAACGGAGGCGGCGCCAAGCCGCCGGCGUGGGAGUUCCACGCCACGGGUCCUCGCAACCUCUCCAGCCCCGGCCGCUCUGCCUGGAAAAAUCCCAACUACAGAAGAAUUGCAAUAUCAUGUUUAGUGCAGGCCGCGUAUGUACUGGAGUUUGACAGGCAAGAGAACAGAACUGGUGAAACUGCCAUUGCUCCUAACUGGUGGAAGCCAUUUAAAUACAAGCUGGUGCGCCUUCUAAUUGAUCCCAGAGACGGAUCCAUAUAUGGGGCACUUCUAGAAUGGGACCAGAUUGCUGCACUAUCAGACUGGAUAAUGCGGAGACCUGAUGGUGCUCCAAAGGCUGUCCUGGCACUGAGGGGAACUGUCCUGAAGCAGUCAACUGUUGCCAGAGACUUGGAGGAUGACCUCAGGUACUUCGCUCAGGAGAGCUUGAGGGGUUCUGUCAGGUUCGCUGGAGCACUGGAGGUGCUCAAGUCGGCUAUCGAUAAGCAUGGAAGCAACAAUGUGUGCGUUGCGGGGCAUUCCCUAGGGGCAGGAUAUGCGAUGCAGGUUGGUAAGACUUUGGCGAAGGACGGAGUCUUCGUAGAAUGUCAUUUGUUUAACCCACCAUCAGUGUCACUCGGCCUGGGCCUGAGGAAGCUUCAGGAUAAAGUCGACAAGGUCUUGAAGCGAUACAUCAGCGGCAGCUCUUCAAAUGCCGUUGAAAGUUCCCACCUGGGACAGGAGGAAACUGUUUCUGAAAUUGGAGAAGAAAAUCUGAUCAAGGAGGUGAAGAGAUGGGUGCCGAACCUGUACAUCAACAACAGCGACUACAUUUGCUGUUUCUAUGUUGACCGUAGUGGCAUACCAACUGUUACUGCCGAGAAGCGCGGCGAUGGUCACCCCGAGGCGCGUGCCAAGGUUUUUGUGAUUGCGAAAGGGCCACAGAAGUUUCUAAAAGCUCAUGGGCUGCAGCAAUGGUGGAUGGAUGAUUCCGAGCUCCAUCUGGCUGUGAAUGAGAGCAAGCUCAUGUAUAAGCACCUCAAGUCCCUGUAUGUGAAAGAAACGUAG